UAUAGAUUGCCCUUGUGGACUUCCUUGUUUGGAUAAACGCUGCUGUUUGGACGAAACGUUUGGCGACCGUAGACGGGAAAGGCUGAUCUACUACUGAUCAAUGCGUGGGACUUGCUAUUUGGAUGCAGGUCGAGUUACAUAUUUAAAUUCACGCAGGCUGCUGUGGUCUCUUCUUCCGCUUCUUCCUUUUUCUUCUUGCUUCUGCGUUUUCCUAUACCUUUUAAAAGUCUUGACCUCUCGUUUCCUUCUUUUUCUUCCUCCUGCUCUCGUUUUCAGGGCCUAGUCGCCUUCUUGUCACUUCUCGGCCUCUCUCUUUCUUUUUUUGCUGCCUCACUCUCUUUUCUUGAAUUUCUUGUUGAAGUGGCGAGAGCUAUAUAUUGGCUGGCCCUCCUUCUUUUAUCGAGGAUUGUGUGACUACGGCGACCUAUCCAUCUUUACUCGGCCCCUCCUCUUUUCUUGGGCUUACUUUUGCUGCUGGACGCUUUGGUCGUUCAGGUUUCUUCCCUUUUUCGACUACUCUUCCCAUCUUCCAGGCUGAAGAUACAUUGAACUGCGGGGGGGUUUUUUUUUUUCUUAUUUUACUUGUAUCGGAUAUAUCAUCGAAGCCGAGCUUUGGAUUGGACCACAGAAGCUGGAUACAUACGCGAUUGCCUGGCUAUAACACGCACCGCACGGAAAACGAAAAUCGACAAGAUGAGGUUUAUGAGAAGUGUCAAUGCCGCUGCGGCUGCUAGUUCAGCCAUGACAGCUCCCAGGUCGUUGGAUGUGAAGAAUUCAGCCUCGGUUCGAAAUGUCGCCGCUACUCUUGCCUUUGACGCCAUGUCCUACUACAAGGGCAACCUCUCUGCCGCAGACUCUGUCAACAUGGGAGAUCUCCAAGAUCCCUACUACUGGUGGACGGCUGGCGCACUCUGGGGAUCGAUGCUGGACUACUACCACUUCACCAACGACUCGACUUACAACGACGUUGUCAUCCAGGCUCUCCUGGCGCCCACGAAUCUCGGAGCCCAGCACGCCUACAUGCCCUCGGAGCACGCCUUUGAAGAGGGCAACGACGAUCUUUUCUUCUGGGGCUCGGCUGCCAUCGCCGCUGCCGAGCGAAACUUUCCUCAGCCAAACAGCACGCUGCCCUCGUGGCUGGACUUGGGAGCUAAUGUCUUCAACCAGCUUGCGAGCCGCUGGAGCAACCAGCACUGCGGCGGCGGUCUUUUAUGGCAAAUCUAUGCUUCCAACCCGAAUGGCCUGACUUACAAGAACAGCGUUAGCAACGGUGGCUUCUUUCAGAUUGCCGCUCGGAUGGCCCGCGCCACUGGCAACAACACAUAUUUGGACUGGGCCGAGAAGGUUUGGGAUUGGUCCAUGGAUAUCGGCUUCAUCGAUCAUGAGUCGUUUCACGUUUACGACGGCGCCGGUAUCGACACCAACUGCACCAAGACAAACGUCGCGUCCUUCACUUACACUAGCGGCAUCUACUUGUACGGAGCCGCCAUCAUGGCAAACUACACAAAGAAGCCUGAGUGGACUCUGAGAACCCAACAACUUCUCGAUGGCGCCGGAUGGUUCUUCACACCGCCCAACGCUACGGCCAAGAAUGUCAUGUACGAAGGUGCCUGCGAAACCGUCGGUCGAUGCGAUGCCGACAUGACCACGUUCAAGGCCUAUCUCGCCCGCUUCAUGUGGCAGACUACGCAAAUGGUUCCUUCACUGCGCAGCAAAGUCGAGAGCCUCCUUAUUCCCAGCGCCCAGGCUGCUGCUGCUACAUGCACGGGAGGCUCUACUGGCCGCGCCUGCGGACAGAAGUGGUACACUGGCGAGUACGAUGACAUCCCCGGCCUGGGCCAAGAGAUGAAUGCACUGGAGACAAUUCAGGGGCUCUUGAUUGACGGCGCUGCUCCGCCCCUGGAGGCCAAAGACAUCAAGACGGUACGAGACAUCACCUGGGGGGCCCAAGAUGCUCAGAGCGCCAAGGCGAGCGAUGCAUCAACACCGACGCCCUUGGAAACUGCCAGGCGAGGCAUUUCAGGAGAUGCGAAGCCGACAAACUCUGCUGGUGUGCGGCCGAACCUUGAAAUGGGACCGCUUGUGGUUGUUGGUCUCGGCAUGUUGCUGGCGACUUGGGGGCUGGCUUGAAGUUGGUCUCUUCUUAUAGGCCCUCAUUCUUGUAUAUAGAGUACAACUGAUUUUGUAAAUAAUGUGCUGAUAAGAGUACAUGUACGUAUGCACGUUUUCGAGAAAACAGUAGAAAGCACAUGGGAGCUGCAUUGCGAAUUGACGACUUUUCUUGAUAUAUACGGAUAUAGAAAUUUUUAUAUCAUUUCAAAUCGCCCUUGACUAUUUCUUUUUACUCUCUAUAUGUAACAUGCCAAUGGUAUCCGUGUAGUCCUUUUUUUUUUCCGUUUAUCUUGAAGACCGCUUUUUUUUUCAUUCCAUCUCUUACAACGUCUACGCACAUAUUUUCAUCUACGCUCUUACCUCUUCCAACGUCUUCUUCAGCGCUGCCAAAAAUCUCGUCACUUCCUCUUCUGUGCCAACCGUGAUUCUCAAGCAUCCCAAGCAUCCAUGCUCCUUGCCUCUGAAGCGAACAACCACGCCCUUUGUCUCGGCGAGCUUCUCGUACGCCGCCAGCGCAACGGCGUUAUCCGGCUGGCCCUGCGCAUUGAGCAUCUCGAACAAGAGGAAAUUGCUCUCGGUGCCACCGCGAAGACGACCCACGCCGGGAAUCGAGGCAAUCUCCUUGAUGAUUCUGUCGCGCUGGGCAAUGAUCUUGGCCCUGUUGGACUCCAUGACGGAGAGGCCCUGCGCGCUGACGGCGGAGUGGGCGAGGGCGCUGGUCGGGCUGGAGAUGUUGUACGGCGCCUUGAGGCUGUUGAGCAGCGUGGCGAUGGGCGCGGGGGCAAAUGCCACGCCGAGGCGGAUGCCGGCCAUGCCAAAGGCCUUUGAGAGGGUCUGCAUGACGACGAGGUUGGGGUACUCGGCCACCAGCUCGGCGAGGGAGGCGUUGUCGGGCGCAAAGUCGAUGUAGGCCUCGUCAAGGACGAUGACGCCGUUCCACGUCGGGUGGUUGAGCAGCGCGACGACGUCGGCCUUUGCCAGCAGCGAGCCGGUGGGGUUGCCCGGCGAGCAGAGGUAGGCAAUCUUGAUGGACGGGUCGGCCGAGAGCGCGGCGGAGAUGGCGGGCACGUCGAGGCCGAACGUGGGCGCGGGCAGCAGCGGCACUUUUGCAAUGGCCACGUCGUUGACCUGCGCGGAGACGGCGUACAUGCCGUAUGUCGGGGGGCAUGUCAGGAUGCGGUCCUUGCCGGGGACGCAGAAGCAGCGCAGCAGGGCGUCGAUGGCCUCGUCGCUGCCGACGCCGACGAAGAGGUUGGCCGGGGUGAGCGUCUUUUCGGUGUGGGCGUGGGUGUUGCGCAGGGUGCAGAGGAGCUGUUUGAGGUCGAGCUGGUGAGGGUCUGGGUAGCGGUGGAGGCCGAGGGGGUCGAUGCCUUGGCUGUUGUUGUCGUUUGAUUGGGAGGAGGAGGAGUAGGCGGCUAUGGAGGCUGCGUCGAGGGAGGGGCCAAAGGCGUUUUCGUUUGCGUCGAGGAGGAUGUUUGUGCCGUCGUCUUUGUAGUCACUGUUUUGCAUGUUAGCUAUGAUGUAUGUUUGAUUUGAGAUUGAGGAGAACUGACUCUCGAGCGCAACGGUAGGGUUGCAGGGCGAGGAUGUUGGGGCGAGCGCAGGUCUCGAGGUUGAAGGGAGAC